AUGGACAGAGCAGCAUUUGCCUGUUCCACUGCGUUCUUUCACGAUUACAGUAGCGCAUCUCAUGGUGCAGUCUGCCUGCCCCAAGGACAUGUUGACUAUAUUGAAAAGGUAGAAUCGUUUAGUUACUCCGAUUUUUUCAGGGACUAUCUGAUUCCCAACCACCCAUGUGUUUUCUCAGCUAAAUUCACUGAGGGCUGGGGCAGCAGAAGGAAUUGGGUGACUCGGGAUGGGAAGCCUAACUUUGAUUAUCUACUGCAGCAUUUUGGGAAGGCUGUAGUACCUGUUGCCAACUGUGAUGUCAAGGAGUACAAUUCUAAUCCAAAGGAACAAAUCCCUCUCAAGGAGUACAUAAGUUAUUGGAAAGAAUACAUUAAAAAAAACUAUCAUUCACCCCGGGGGUGCCUCUACCUCAAAGAUUGGCACUUGUACAGGGCUUUCCCAGACCAAGAGGUUUAUACAACCCCCAUCUAUUUCACUUCUGACUGGCUGAAUGAGUACUGGGAUGCCAAAGGCGUGGAUGAUUAUCGAUUUGUCUACAUGGGACCUAAGGGUUCAUGGACUCCUUUUCACGCCGACGUCUUCCGCUCCUACAGCUGGUCGGCCAAUAUCUGCGGGAAAAAGAAAUGGCUGCUCUAUCCCCCGAGGCAGGAGGAGUACCUUAGAGAUCGCCAUGGUAACUUGCCCUUCGAUGUCACUGCGCCUGGUCUUCAGGACAGCAGCGUUUACCCACGCUAUGCCCAAAGCUGCCCCCCUGUUGAAAUCAUCCAGGAAGCAGGGGAGAUAGUCUUCAUCCCUAGUGGAUGGCACCAUCAGGUGUACAACCUGGAGGAUACAAUUUCCAUCAACCACAACUGGGUGAAUGGCUGCAACGUGGCUAUCAUGUGGAGCUUCUUGCAGGAUGAAUUAGCAGCCGUCCAACGGGAAAUCAGCGAAUGGAGAGACACUAUGGAGGACUGGCACCUACAAUGCCAGGUAAUCAUGAAAUCUUGUACAGGCAUAAACUAUAAGGAGUUCUACAACUUCCUUAAGGUAAUCGCGGAGAACAGGAUUUCUGUCUUAAACCACGUUCUAGAUGAAGAAGCUUCAGCAAAGAACACUCACAGGGCUGCCACCUCCGCUCUGGGCAUGCUCCAUGCGGUGUUUGAUUUAAAAAGGGCUGUCCAAGUGUUAACAUCCUUAAAUGCUAAUGAGGAUUUCAAGAAACUGAACCCUAAAUCACUGUCCCCACCUCCAGAGGCAUUACUACACCACCUGAAAGCAGCAAUAGACACAGCACUGUUAUAGUUCCAUAUUUAUUCAAGUAUUUGUACCUAUUGCAACAUAGCUACAUGUAGACAAAUCAUAAGAAGUCUCCAUAUUUCCCCCCUGUUAGAGUUUAAGCACAAUGAGCCUUAAUGUGGAUGGGGAGGACGUGGAUAUAGAAUCAAGAGAAAAAGCAUGUUAGGAAAAUGAGUACACUACAUUAAAUGUCCUGUUUAUAUUGAAACCACUCUAAAAAGGGAAGACGUCUCCAGCAGAGUCAGAGAUUAGAUUCAUUCCAUGUAGCAGAAAUGCAAACAGCUAAACUGACCAUAGCAGGAAGAACGUAUGGUCCUAAGAAUCAGCCACGUAGGAAAUUCAGCCAUUGGAGUUGUCUAGAACCAAAAGGAUGAAGUUUUGAGAUGUAUCCUCUCAAUUCUACACACCAAAGCAUCUAUAUUUCAGCAAGUUCACCUCUCUGUACUGAGAUCACCUAGAGACUGAACUAAAAGAGUUUUAGAAAGGCAAAAACAUGGAAGUCUGUAUGUAGCCUUAGACUGUGUGUUAAUGAAAGGAAGAGUGUUAACACACUAAGAGCAGUGCUGUGUGGUUACAUAGCACAACCUAUGAACUUAAGGGUAAUACACAUUGAAAAGGACUG